AUGUAUGAUGCUCAUAAUGUCAUACUGGAGAGGAAUUGUAUUCUUCCAGUUGGAGCAACAGGCAGCCAGGGGGGCAACAGGCAGCCAGGGGGGCAACAGGCAGCCAGGGAGCAACAGGCAGCCAGGGAGCAACAGGCAGCCAGGGGGCAACAGGCAGCCAGGGGGCAACAGGCAGCCAGGGGGCAACAGGCAGCCAGGGAGCAACAGGCAGCCAGGGGGCAACAGGCAGCCAGAAAGCAACAGGCAGCAACAGGCAGCCAGGGAGCAACAGGCAGCCAGGGCAACAGGGAGGGGAGCAACAGGCAGCCAGGGAGCAACAGGCAGCCAGGGAGCAACAGGCAGCCAGGGAGCAACAGGCAGCCAGGGAGCAACAGGCAGCCUGGGAGCAACAGGCAGCCAGGGAGCAACAGGCAGCCAGGGACCAACAGGCAGCCAGGGGGCAACAGGGAGCAACAGGCAGCCAGGGGGCAACAGGCAGCCAGGGAGCAACAGGCAGCCAGGGAGCAACAGGCAGCCAGGGAGCAACAGGCAGCCAGGGGGCAACAGGCAGCCAGGGAGCAACAGGCAGCCAGGGAGCAACAGGCAGCCAGGGAGCAACAGGCAGCCAGGGAGCAACAGGCAGCCAGGGAGCAACAGGCAGCCAGGGAGCAACAGGCAGCCAGGGAGCAACAGGCAGCCAGGGAGCAACAGGCAGCCAGGAAGCAACAGGCAGCCAGGGAGCAACAGGCAGCCAGGGAGCAACAGGCAGCCAGGGAGCAACAGGCAGCCAGGGAGCAACAGGCAGCCAGGGAGCAACAGGCAGCCAGGGAGCAACAGGCAGCCAGGGAGCAACAGGCAGCCAGGGAGCAACAGGCAGCCAGGGAGCAACAGGCAGCCAGGGAGCAACAGGCAGCCAGGGAGCAACAGGCAGCCAGGGGGCAACAGGCAGCCAGGGGAGCAACAGGCAGCCAAGGGGGGCAACAGGCAGCCAGGGAGCAACAGGCAGCCAGGGAGCAACAGGCAGCCAGGGGGCAACAGGCAGCCAGGGGAGCAACAGGCAGCCAGGGGGGCAACAGGGAGCAACAGGCAGCCAGGGAGCAACAGGCAGCCAGGGAGCAACAGGCAGCCAGGGAGCAACAGGCAGCCAGGGAGCAACAGGCAGCCAGGGAGCAACAGGCAGCCAGGGGGCAACAGGCAGCCAGGGGGCAACAGGCAGCCAGGGAGCAACAGGCAGCCAGGGAGCAACAGGCAGCCAGGGAGCAACAGGCAGCCAGGGAGCAACAGGCAGCCAGGGAGCAACAGGCAGCCAGGGGGCAACAGGCAGCCAGGGGGCAACAGGCAGCCAGGGGGCAACAGGCAGCCAGGGGGCAACAGGCAGCCAGGGAGCAACAGGCAGCCAGGGAGCAACAGGCAGCCAGGGAGCAACAGGCAGCCAGGGAGCAACAGGCAGCCAGGGAGCAACAGGCAGCCAGGGAGCAACAGGCAGCCAGGGAGCAACAGGCAGCCAGGGAGCAACAGGCAGCCAGGGGGCAACAGGCAGCCAGGGGGCAACAGGCAGCCAGGGAGCAACAACAGGCAGCCAGGGAGCAACAGGCAGCCAGGGAGCAACAGGCAGCCAGGGAGCAACAGGCAGCCAGGAGGCAACAGGCAACAGGCAGCCAGGGGGCAACAGGCAGCCAGGGGGCAACAGGCAGCCAGGGGGCAACAGGCAGCCAGGGAGCAACAGGCAGCCAGGGAGCAACAGCCAGCCAGGGAGCAACAGGCAGCCAGGGGGCAACAGGCAGCCAGGGGGCAACAGGGAGCCAGGGAGCAACAGGGAGCAACAGAGACCAACAGGGAGCAACAGGCAGCAACAGGGAGCAACAGGGAGCAACAGGGAGCAACAGGCAGCCAGGGGGGGCAACAGGCAGCCAGGGAGCAACAGGCAGCCAGGGAGCAACAGGCAGCCAGGGAGCAACAGGCAGCCAGGGACCAACAGGUAGCCAGGGAGCAACAGGCAGCCAGGGACCAACAGGUAGCCAGGGAGCAACAGGCAGCCAGGGAACAACAGGCAGCCAGGGAGCAACAGGCAGUCAGGGAGCAACAGGCAGCCAGGGAGCAACAGGCAGCCAGGAGCAACAGGCAGCCAGGGAGCAACAGGCAGCCAGGGGGCAACAGGCAUGCUGCAGUAUAUAA